CAUCCCUUCCGCGCUAGACCUGCAAUAUAACACCAAAAAUAUGUUGAAAGCUUUGCCAAAGUCACUUCCAGAUCUUGUCGACUUGAAGUAUGUAUCCGCGAAAAGGUCUACCGCCCUUUCUUUCGCGUCCUCCUCGUUAGCCAUUCUACACACCAGAUCUGGAAUGCCGUUCCAACUUCGCUACUGUCCUUCUCUCGCCAAAAAGCCCCUGCCGAGCAAGGAUAAGGAUAGUGCACCGAAAAAUAGAAUCAACCCGUUUGAGAAUCCGGACCCGGCGUUGUUUAUUGCAGAUCUGCCACCGAAUUCAUCUGAACCAAGUCAUCUGCUGCUGUUGAACAAAUUUCCAAUCAUACCAUCGCAUUUUCUACUCGUGACAAAGGUCAAUAAAGCGCAGACCGCAAUCUUAGAAGCUGAUGACUUGGAAAUGUCUUAUGAAUGCUUGCGUGCGUGGGAAGACGGAUCUCAAGGCCGUCGCUUGUACGGCUUCUUCAACUCGGGUGAGCAUAGUGGUGCAAGCCAAGCUCAUAGGCAUCUGCAGUUUGUUCCCGUCGAGGGCAUGAGGCAAGGUGAUGACAGAAUGGAGUGGGAUGUGCUCAUGGACCGCAUCGUGGAAGACAAAGCGAGCGUUCCUUUCGAAGUAUUCUGGGAGCUCAUAUCGCCAGGUAUGGGAAAAGAAGAACUGUAUGAUGUUUAUCGAAGGCUGUACGAAAAGGCGCAUGAUGCCGUGAGGCGGUACGCCACGGAUCAUCCUGAUCAGCUCGAGCUUCACGAUUCCAAGGAUGGCUCUUCCCCGUUCAGCUACAAUCUAGGCAUGACAUCGAAGGCGUUGAUGAUAAUGCCGCGACGAAAAGAGGGGACUGAGUUGACAGGUCCUGAGGGGACGGCUGUUGGUUUUGCCGCAUUCAAUGGUACCGUUCUGGCAGGAACAAUGAUGGUAAAGAAGCAAGAAGAAUGGGAUAUCUUACGAGACAACGAUCUGUUGCUGGAUUCGUUGCUCAGAGACAUUGGUAUUCCGCAAGUUGAGACCUCAAGGGAUACACGGAUCUAAGUGGACCCGGCGUUCCUGAUUGCUCGUUGUGACUAGAACUUUCGAUGCUGGUGUGAAAUUUCCUCAUGUUUGGGCAUUGGAUGAAGUGCUAACAUAAGCUCGCAGAGCAAAUGAUACCAUGGGACAUCACUGUAAAUAGCUGACUACUGCAAUGCCAUGGUGGUUUCUUGCCUUAAGUAUACGGCAAUGUAACCCGAUGACAUUCUCGUCGCCUGACCACGAGAGCUGUGUGGAUAGUUAUUGGUGCGUGAUCAAGGAUGACUUGGGACCCAAAUAAUCCAAGACAUAACCAGUAUUCAUAUAAUUAUCACAAAGGCAUUGUGUCUUGAUUCGUACAUAUGCUGCACUCCGUGGUCCAGGACUGAUCUUUGCUGUGGAACC